AUGGAUCUCCCCCAGAAUCCCGCCGGACAACCUCCAGCAGAGCCACCGAGACAAGGGAAUCCCGAUGUCCGCAAGUACGACGGCAAACUGAUAUGCUAUGGGUGUGAGGAGCCAAAACUGAAGGGAUUCUGUGACGGAAGCAUGAAGAUCUUUCCAGGAGACACGUGCCAUUGGCACCGCAUCUUUCUCGACCAGUCCUUGACGCCAGCGAGACAACUUCAACGCACUCCAGUCAACCUACAGCCAAAAGUCUCUAAGACAAGUGUCUUCCACACAGGCAACUGCAUCGACCCGACCGACUACUUCAUCGUCGGCGAGGAGAACCUCUGGACCUCUAUUUACUUUAGGAGGUGCCAUGGAGCAUAUCAAAAUUCACUUAGACAAGAGAUGCCCAGCACCAAAGAGCACGUCAUUCUCAAAGUGGAGUCGAUCCCACAGUCGAUCGACCUGAAGCCCUUGUGGCAGAGAAUGGAGGCCAUCUGGUCCUCAUCAGAGGACAGAAAGCGGCUCUGGGCUGGUGAACGCCUCAUCGCCAGGGGCGGUUGA